CGCGUUUUGCUCUCCACUACUCCAUGGUGGUCACGUGGGACAAGUAGUAGUUCGCCUAGAGUCACCCGGGAGCUCCCAAGAGCUCCCUUUGGGUUCAAAACUGCUCCCCUGUCUGCUAUAGGCUCCCUACGUGUAUCACUAUAUGCGCACCGCCUGAAUGUGUAUCGGGUGUCAUCCGAACGAAGCUUGUGUAGUCUUUCAUGCCGAGCAGCGAUCUCAGAACCUGUCUCCGCCAGCCACCUUCCUCUCUCUCUCUACUCUCUCUCUCUCUCUACUCUCUCUCUCUCCUUUCACGGCUGUACGAUAAGCACGCACGCAUAUCUAAGAGAACGGGGUCGACCCGCGUACGCGUAAUCUUUCGAUUUCGUCAGGCCCCACUCGGCUUCGCUUUCGGGGAGUAGCGGGGGGUACGCAUGCGUAAUUUUCCGAGCGAUCAGCUGAUCUUCACGUGCCUGUCUCAGGCUGCGGACACUGUGCAUGCAGCUGGGAGGCUGCGCGCUGUACUGGAGUUUUUUUUUUUUUUUUCUCACUUACAUCCUGCGCCGGGAAACUGCUUGAACACAUGGUCAACGAGCGGCUCACCACAUAUCUCGAGAAAAACGAUCGCUAUCCGCACACCAUGUUCGGCUUCCGCCAGAUGCUUUCCACGCAGGACGUCCUCUUCCAGCUAAAGGAAGAUAUUCUUGACCAUUUGAGCAAACACAGCAAGUCUUCCAUUCUAGCUCUAGACGUAAAGGGCGCCUUUGGUAACGUGAGCCACGAAGCCAUUCUCCGUAACCUAGAAGAUAUCGGCUGUGGAGCCAAAACAUACGCCUACAUGAGCGCUUUCUUCACCAACCGUACGGCCACGGUGGGGAUUGCCAACCUCCGGAGCAAGACAUUUCACCUACCUAACAGGGAUGAUAUCACACUGUGGACGAGAGGCACGAGCACGGGCGAACAGGAGACCCGUCUUCAGGAGGCGGUCAACAUCAUCGAACGAUACCUCAACACCUGCGGCCUCCACUGUGCCCCAGAUAAAUCCGAGCUGUUAGUGCUCGGGGCAUGCAACCGGGGCCGGCCCCCAAGCCACGACGCACCGGACCCACAAGUCCUCCUUCAGGGAGUCCCGAUACCGAAGGUCGACUCACUUCGAAUUCUCGGAGUCGAUAUAGACAAGGACGGGUCCGGCUCCGCCACACUCCCUAGGCUACACAACACCGUGGCACAGCUUACUCAUCUGAUACGACGGGUGGCCAAUCGCCGCAAUGGCCUCUUUUUAACCGAAGAGCAACGGCUGUUUUGA